AUGCAGUCUUGCUACCUGUCGGUGAACCAGAUGACUCCGUUCAUAAGGUUCGCCCACCUGACCGCCAACCAGGCCAUCUUGGAGUCCGUGGAAAGCGAAGCCGGAUGUGGGAUCCACAUCGUGGACUUGGACAUCAUGCACGGCGUCCAAUGGCCGCCGCUGAUGCAGGCGCUGGCCGAGCGCCGCCCUCCUCCUCCCCUCCUCCGCAUCACGGGAGCCGGCAGCGACCCCGACACCCUCCACCGCACGGGCAGCCGCCUCUCCAAGUUCGCGCACUCCCUGGGGCUCACCUUCCACUUCCACCCCUUGCUCCUCCAACAACACCAACCACACGUGGUCAGAUGCUCGUCCGUGGCGGUGGUCCCAGGGGAAGCCCUAGCGGUGAACUGCAUGUUCUACCUGCACCGCCUAAUUGUCUCGAACCAGCAGCAGCGGGAGGAAGAAGAGCAAGUGUUGAGGUUGUUUUUGAGUGAGGUGAAGGAGGAGCUCUCGCCGCGGGUGGUGACGGUGGGGGAGAGGGAGCUGGAGGGGCGGGAGGUGGGGGAGGCGGUGGAGUACUACGGGGCGGUGUUCGAGUCGCUGGAGGAGACGGUGCCGCCGGGGAGCGGGGAGAGGGCGGCGGUGGAAGGGGCGUGGUUCGGGAGGGAGAUCAGGGAGGCGGUGGCGAUGGGAGGGAGCAGCCGGAGGAUGGAGUGGUGGGGGAAGGUGAUGCGGAGGGCAGGGUUUGGGAACGUAGGGUUGAGCCCUUUCGCCGUCUCGCAGGCAAAGUUGCUGCUCAGGUUGCACUACCCUAGCGAAGGGUAUCGUCUCCAAGUGGUGGAUCGAGGGCUGUUGUUGGGUUGGCGGGAUCGGCCUCUCUUCUCCAUCUCUUCCUGGCGAUAG